GCCCGCGCAGAGUCGGCGCGGGGGCGGGGAUUGGUGGUGGGGCCGGCUCCGAGCGGCUCCUCCCCGGGCACCUGCUCCUUCUCUGUCCGGUAGAACCGGGGCUCCCUCCGGCCGCCAGGACCCCCCGAGCGGAGCGGGGCCCGCCCCCCACCUCAACCAUGAGCGCCGCCGGCGCCGGGGUCCCCCUGCCCCGCCUCUGCAGCCUGGAGAAGGGGCCCAGCGGCUACGGCUUCCACCUGCACGGCGAGAAGGGCAAGCUGGGCCAGUUCAUCCGGCUAGUGGAGCCCGGCUCGCCGGCCGAGAAGGCGGGGCUGCUGGCCGGGGACCGCCUGGUGGAGGUGAACGGCGACAACGUGGAGCAGGAGGCCCACCAGCUGGUGGUGGGCCGCAUCCGCGCGGCCCCCGACGCCGUGCGGCUCCUCGUGGUCGACCCCGCCACGGACGAGCGGCUGCAGAAGCUGGGGGUCCCCAUCCGCGAGGACCUGCUGCGCCAACGGCCCCAGACCCCACCCCGGGAGGACGGGGACGAGGACGAGGAGCCGCCGCUGCCCCUGCGGCCCCCGCCCGCCGCCCCGGAAACGGACAGCGCCGAGGAGGAACCGGAGAAGAGCUCCUUGGGGCGGGAGCUGCGACCCCGGCUGUGUGCCAUGAAGAAGGGCCCCAACGGCUACGGCUUCAACCUGCACAGUGAGAAGAACAAGCCGGGCCAGUACAUCCGGGCGGUGGACCCUCACUCCCCGGCUCAGGCUGCUGGCCUGCGGGCCCAGGACCGCAUUGUCGAGGUGAAUGGUGUGUGUGUGGAGGGCAAACAGCACGGAGAAGUGGUGUCCGCCAUCAAGGCCGGAGGGGAUGAGACCAAGCUGCUGGUGGUGGACCAGGAGACGGAUGAGUUUUUCAAGAAAUGCAGAGUGGUGCCCACCCAGGAGCACCUGAGUGGUGCCCUGCCAGAGCCGGUGGCCAACGGAGAAGUGGAGAAGGAGAGUAGCCGGGAAGUCCAUCUUGAUCCGGUGCCCGAGAGCCCAAGAUCAGCGAUAGCCAGAUCCACCCUCAGUGUGACCAGCGAGGAGGUGAAUUCCCAGGAGAGCCCCAAGAAGGCAGACCCCACGCCCGACUCCGACCUGGACUUCGCCAUUUCCCUGGAGGCAGCCAAGGAGCGAGCACACCAGAAGCGCAGCAGCAAGCGGGCUCCCACCAUGGACUGGAGUAAGAAAAAUGAACUGUUCAGCAACCUUUGAGCCGCCUGCCGAGGCCCCAGGGGGCCUUGCGCCCCCACCCCUGACCCUGCCUGCCUCCCCCGAAAUCGAGGUACAAUCAGCACCAGCAUCUCUCCUCCCUCCAUCUACCCCGGUUUAGCGGGAGUCCAGUCUCCGCCCCGGCCCGGCAGCGAGAGCCUUGGUUUCUCUCGAGGCCCAGUCCACCCUGCUCCUGGCCUGGCAGGGAGGCUGAUGGACUGGACUGCCCAGGGAGUGUCCAGAGAGCUGCUGUGGCCACCUCUGGGCUUCCCUGGCCACAGCUCCAACCCGCAGGGCCGUGAUGGAGUUCCAGCCCCCCGAUGGACCCUGCAUUUUCAGGGCUGUGUGGAGCUAACACCGCCUUGAGGGAUUUUUUGUGAUUAAUGUGUGAUUCUUCUCAGCAGCCGGAGGCAGGAAGUAGUCCUAGUCUGACCUAGGCCCUCCUCCAUUCCGCCUCGGGCCUCGGGGGUGGGCUGGUGUGGGAAACACCAUUUCAGCCCUGGUCAAGAGCAGGUGAUCUCCAGGCCGAGCUGUCUUGGGCCCAGAGCGGCUGCCGCUCUGUCCGUCCAGCUCUGACUGCUGUAACAUAACUUGUGCACAAAUCCAAUUGGUCCCUGCACCAGCC